AUGGCCUUGCAGGGUCAGGAGGAAAUUGAGGACCAGAUCGAGGAACCUGAAGACUUUCAGGAGCAGGAUGUCAGCAUCUCUCCGGCAGAGGAACUACCGAUCGGGCCCGAAGAGGAGGAUUCAGACCCUGUUCUCUUGCCAUGGGAUCGGUUCUCAGCUUGGCUCCACUGCAUUUGUGUCGUUGGCUUUGACCUAGAACUUGGACAAGCAGUAGAGGUCAUUUACCCGCACCAUUCAAAGCUCACCGAGAAAGAGAAAACAAGUAUUUGUUACCUGUCCUUCCCCGACUCAAAUUCAGGUUGCCUGGGGGACACGCAGUUCUGCUUCCGUUUUCGUCAGGCGUCGAGCAGGAAGUCCUCGCUGGGCUGCUUUCUUGACCACUUUGACCGGGAGGCCCCCGUCUGUCUGAAGAGGGACCAGGGCCAUUACUACGGCUACGUCUACUUCAGACAGGUGCGGGACAAGUCCCUCAAGAGGGGCUACUUCCAGAAGUCUCUGGUUCUGAUCAGCAAGCUGCCCUACGUCACCUUCUUCCACUCGCUGCUGAAGCUGAUCGCGCCAGAGUACUUUGAGAAGCAGGAGCCCUGUCUGGAGGCCGCUUGCAAUGACAUUGACCGCUGGUCUACCCCGUAUCCGGGCAAGAUACUGACGCUCCCCAUAAUGGGCGUGGUAAUGAAGGUUCGGAUUCCUGCCUGUUAUGACAAGCCGGGGACCUCACAGCUUGUGCAGUCUGCACAGAAUGACAGCCUGGUUUCCAUUGUCCUCCCCACCAUCCACGAAGUGGACCUUUUCAGGUGUUUUUGCCCAGUCUUCUUUCAUAUUCAGAUGUUGUGGGAGUUGGUGUUGCUAGGGGAGGCGCUGGUUGUCAUGGCACCCUCGCCGGCGGAGUCAUCUGACACAGUGCUGGCAUUGGUCAGCUGCAUUUCCCCGCUGCGAUACUGCAGCGAUUUCAGGCCCUACUUCACCAUCCACGACAAUGAAUUUAAGGAGUACACCACCCGCACACAGGCCCCGCCCUCUGUCAUCCUGGGAGUGACAAACCCCUUCUUUGCCAAAACGCUGCAGCACUGGCCACACAUCAUCCGCAUUGGGGAUAUGAAGCAAGCAGGGGAAAUGGCCAAACAGAUGAAGGUUAAGAAACUGAAAAAUCUGAAGACCUUGGACUCUAAGCCUGGUGUGUACAGCGCCUACAAGCCAUUCCUGAACCGAGACGAGGACAUCAUCAAGCAGCUCCAGAAGGGUAUCCAGCAGAAGAGGCCUUCCGCGGCCCAGAAUGCAAUUCUGCGGCGUUACUUCCUGGAGCUGACUCAAAGCUUCAUCAUUCCACUGGAGCGCUACGUAGCCAGCCUGAUGCCCCUGCAGAAAACCAUCUCACCAUGGAAGAGUCCCCCGCAGCUCCGCCCCUUCAGCCAGGAGGAGUUCAUGAAGAGCCUGGAGAAGGCGGGGCCACAGCUCACCUCACGGCUCAAAGGAGACUGGAUCGGCCUGUACAGGCAGUUCCUGAAGUGCCCGAACUUUGACGGCUGGUUCAGGAGCCGCAGGAAGGAAAUGACCCAGAAGCUGGAAGCGCUGCACCUGGAGGCCCUGUGUGAGGAGGACCUGCAGCUGCGCGUACAGAAACACACAGAGGUGGAGAUUGUGGACCUCGUGCUAAAGCUGAAGGACAAACUGGCACAGGCAGAGAGAGAGCAGCUGCCAGUCAAGCCUGGCACAGUGGCCAAGUUGCAGACCCACAUCGAGUCUGUGAUCCUGUCGCUGCCCGAGGACCUGCAGGGCAUCCUGCACAAGCCGGCCACACCCUGACCCCUGACCCCUGUCUACUGGGCAGAGGGCAUGCGCUCAAAGGGCACGCACACACACAGGGCACCAUGCAGACCGCUGGCUUACACAGGGACUGAGCCCAAUGACUGCUCCACACUUGGGUUGUGGAUUUUUUAUCUUACUUUUUAUUUUUAUUUUUUAUUUUAUUUUAUUUUUUUAAACAUCAAGUGCACUUGUACCCGAAGAACUGUGUGCCCGAAUGCGCAGUGCUGGCAUUGCCAGAGUCCGUCAUUUAAUCAAACAAUCACUGAAUAAGAAAACCACAUAAUGAAUUUCUCUGCACUAUGAAGGGUGCAGUGGGGGGUGUCAACGGCAUCCCUCCCCCAGCUCAGCCCAAGCACGGCAGCUCACUCUUUCUCUCUCUCUCUCUUUCUGCUUCUCUCUCCGUGCCACCGUCACCAGCUCACAUUCCAAGCGGGGGGUGGACAACUCCCAGGGAGUCGGUGUUGCACUAGCUCCUACACUACCUCUCUUAACAUCUUGGAGGAUAGGAUGGAGGGAGGGAGAAUCCCACAAUGCACAGGUUUCUGGGUUUUAUUGUGAAAGAACUACUGAGGAUGUGGGCCACAGCGUCUGGGACUGGCUAGCAUACAGCUGCGUCAGUGUGUGUGUGCCUGGAACAGGCUGAAGGUUUUCACAGCUAGGGGGUGGAAUGGCGCAGACACUGUGCUGCAUGGGAAAUGGUGUUUUUGGGCAGGAUGAUACGAUACGGUUGUGCAUACAGGAGGUUUUGUGAGGCUUGUGAAAAUUGGAGAAAUUGCAUGUGAGGGACAGUGGGGGUCCUUGAGUAAAAGCCCCAAGCAGUGUGUUGGGCGAGAGGGUUUUUGCACCAUGUGGGAGCUGCUUAACUCUAACACUUUAAUAUAACACUAAUUACAUCCUUUUCUCCCCUCCUGGUUUCCAACUCACCUGAUAUGGCAUUGAAACUACGAUCGGUGCCUUUUGUUAGAAUUUACUUUUUUUUUUGUAAUUUGAGCAAUUCUGGAUGAGAUGACCGUAAAGAUGACCCCUGUACGUUUCAUGUUAGUCCCUAUGGCUGACUAAAGUACCUAUUCUUGUUCUUGGCAUUCAAACUCUUGAAACUCUAUUGGGGUGAUUUAAAUGACUGCUAAAAAAUGUAUUCAGUCCAGUGUUUCUUGUGUAAAAGUCAUUUUAAUGGUCCACCCCUCAUGCACACCCACCCAAAUACAUUUAAUUUAUAUUAUGUCCAUUUGACAUGCUUUUGGGAUGCAAAAUGUUUUGGUAUUUUCAGGCUAUUCUUUUAUCUUUUUGAUUUCGGUUAUUCAUCAGUAAUUUGUCAUGGGUUUAUGUGCACUGAAAAUGGACUUGAAAGCAGGUCUGAUUUUUAAGUUGACGUUGCCUUAUUCAGAGCAGGUUUUUUAAGGGUUCAAAAAGGAGACUUGUAGAGCGUACGAUAUUUAUGGGUUCCUUAGUUAUUGAUUUCCAAGUAAAGUGUGUGAAGCAGGGAAGGCUCACCUCCAGUAACUGCCUUCAACAUUCCCUAGUCAUUUGGUCCUCAUUAACAAUGUACAGAGCGUGUGAUGGUGCGUCACCAUGUAAGCCUUUUGCAUUGCUUCUUUAUUCUUACAUUGAAUGGCUUGUUUAUUUCCUGUCAACUUUGUAUGGGUCAAAGGUCACUUUCCAGCAAUGCCUGUGCCUUCCAUUCCCUAUGCCGUGAGCUCCCAACCCUGUUCCUGGAGAACUGCGCGGUCAGAUGUUUAUUCUUACUUUUCUUGUAAAUGGUCAAUUAAGACAGAAGGGUACAGUUAACUCACCUGACCUGCUUUCUUGGGUCUUUAAUUGGAUACUCACUUCAAGUGAACUAGAACCAGUGGAGCCUGUGGCUCUCCAGGUCCAGGAUUGAGAACCCAUGCUCCAAUCUCUUCUUUAUCAGAAUUUUAUUUCAGUGUUUUCAGGUUUGAGACUUGUGUUUAUAGUUUAGAUUAUUAUUCAAGUUAUUUUGCAAAUGAUUGUUUUCAAUGUAGACUAAUCAUGAAGAAAUGAACCACAAGCCUGUUGAAAGGGUAAUGACAUUUUUUAAACCUGCUUUUGCUACUGAUGAUGGUAAACAUGCUGAGUGCAAAUGAAUAUUCUAAUUAUGUAUCACCACAAACAUAGGACACUUAUAAAUGUACAAUGUUUAUGCUUAGAUACGGGGAAGUCUUAACACAGAAGUGAUUAACAUUUUAACAUUUGGAAGCAUGCUUGGAGCUGGAUCAGCAAUGUUUUCUUAAGUCACCAAAGGACUUACUGUGGGUUUAAAAAACCCAGAGACCAUUUUUCAUCAGACAUAGGAAGCAUUUUAAAGGCAUUUUCUGUGUGUGUGUUCCUACUCCCAAUUAUAGUUUCCCUCUGAUAAAUUUCAUAGACUAAUUGCAAAAAAGAGUAACUAAAACUUAAUUUCAAUUUCCAGUUGUUUUUUCUAUAUUAACAUAUUAUUAUACAAAUAGAAAUGUUCCUCAUAGACCAGCCCUAAAUUUUAAUUUGGGAAGGCCAGAAUUGUUGGUAAUGAAACCAAAGAUUCCAACAGUUUUAGUGUUCAAAUGCUUUAAAUUGUUAAAAAUUCUGGGAAAACAAUACAGUGAGAUUUAGCAGGAAUUGCCCAUGUCACAUUUAUCCAUAGCAGACUCCACCAGUCUCGUCCUUUAGCUCUGAGGGCUGUGUAUUAAGGCCGUCUCUGCGUGAGGCGAAGUGCCUCUGAUCGGUGUGCGGAGAAUCAGGCGGAACAUCAUCACACGGAAAAUUCUGGUUCAAAUGAGCCUCUGGCUGGCACAGGACCUGUAACUGUUGGUUGUUGGACAACCAGUAUAGUUUUAUAUUUUAAAGAUAAGACCUAUUUUAAAAAUGCUUGAAUUUUAUAUAGAGAUCUAUUCUCAUACUACAUUAUUCUAUAACUGAGUUGCUGGUCUGCUUGAGUAUUUAAAAUGGUCAUUGCCUAUUUAAAAUACCUGAUAACUACAACAAUAAUAAUGCAGCAAGUAUGUUGUGGUUAUCAGUUAUAGUGGAAGUACCGUUGUUACAGUUUUUGACAUCCUGAACGGACAAUGGUGCUUUAAUCCUUCACUAAACAGAAUGAAAGUCAUGUAAACAGAAGCACAAGAAGCAGCACAUUGCAUGGGGACAGCUCAGUAUUUUGGCAUUAAGAUUUUAUUCAUGUUAUUGAUCCUUUUGUAUUGAAGCCAUAACCACUUAUGCUCUGUACUUUGGUUUUAACAUUUGUACAGCAGUUGUCACUGUAUAACUUCUUACAGUCACUUUCAUGGAAGACAAGUAUUUUUUAUUGUAUAGGAAUAAAGUGGCAACUAGAAGAUCA